AUGUACAUUCGCGACCUUCCUAUCUACCUCGCCGUCGUGGGCUUGACGUCCACGACUGGCGUCCUCGCAGCUGUCCCCGCCUACGGACAAUGCGGAGGCCAGGGCUACACGGGCGAGACGACGUGCGUACAGGGAUACAGGUGCAACAAGACCAACGACUGGUACUCGCAGUGUGUUCAGGGCGCAGAGACGACGGGUGCGGCGUCGAAGACUUCUACUACCGUGAAGCCGGCAUCCUCGAGCAAGGCUACUACGGUUGUGGUCCCCACCACGCUGUCGACCAGGACCGCUACGUCAACCCGCACCAGUGCCGUCGCGGCGCCUAGCAGUGGUGCAAACGGCGUCGCUUGCUCCCUUGACGCAGUCUGGAAGGCAAAGGGGUCGGGCAAGAAGUACUUCGGUGUAGCCACGGACCGCGGUCGUCUGGCCGCCGGCGACAACGCCCAGAUUAUAAAGAACAACUUUGGCCAGGUCACUCCCGAGAACAGCAUGAAAUGGGACGCCACCGAGAACACAAAGGGCGUGUAUACGCUGGACGCAGCCGACGAGCUGGUGGCCUGGGCUACGACUAACAACAAGAUGAUCCGUGGUCACACCACCGUAUGGCACUCGCAGCUGCCGACGUGGGUGAGCUCCAUCACUGACAAGGCGACGCUGGAGCAAGUCAUGGUCAGCCACAUCAACAAGAUGCUAGGCCAGUACAAAGGAAAAGUCUACGCAUGGGAUGUGGUCAACGAAAUAUUCGCAGAAGACGGCACCCUGCGCCCCAGCGUCUUCUCCAACGUACUAGGCGAAUCCUUCGUGGCGCUGGCCUUCAAAACCGCACGUGCCGCCGACCCAGCCGCCAAACUCUACAUCAACGACUACAACCUCGACUCACCCUCGUACGCCAAGACGAAAGCCAUGGUCGCCAAGGUCAAGGAGUGGAUCGCGGCUGGUGUGCCCAUUGACGGAAUCGGCUCGCAGUCGCAUCUGGCCGGGUACUGGCCCAUGAGCGACUUUACGGCCGCGACGAAGUUGAUUUGCGCAGCGGCGCCCGAGUGCGCCAUCACCGAGCUCGAUAUCAAGGGUGCGGCGGCAGCGGACUAUGAGGUGGCUGUCAAGGCGUGUGCGGAUGUGAGUAACUGUGUUGGUGUGACGGUUUGGGGGGUUAGGGACCCGGAUUCGUGGAGGCCGACGACGACGCCGUUGCUGUUUGAUGAUGCGUACACGGCCAAGGCUGCGUAUAAUGGGCUUUGCACGGCGCUUGCGUAG